CCCCAGAAGAGGAGGCUCCUCUCUGCCAUGUUUUCCUGGAGCUCAGUGAUGGAUGUGGAGGAGCUGUGCCCGGUGUGUGGAGAUAAAGUUUCUGGAUACCACUACGGCGUCCUCACCUGUGAAAGCUGCAAGGGAUUCUUUAAACGAACUGUUCAAAACAAGAAGGCGUACGUCUGUGUGGGAAAGCAGCAGUGCCAGAUUGAUCAAAGUCAGAGGAAAAGAUGCCCGUUCUGCAGGUUUCAGAAGUGUCUGAAUGCUGGGAUGCGUCUGGAAGCUGUCCGCGCUGAUCGGAUGAGAGGAGGAAGAAACAAGUUUGGGCCCAUGUACAAGCAGGACCGCGCCGCCAAGCAGCAGAGGAAAGCUUUGGUUCAAGCCAGCAGGCUGAGCCCCCCCUCCACCCACCAACCCAGAACCACCCCCCCCUCUGCAGCCCUGCCCUGCAGCCCACCUGCUGAUCCACAGAACCAGAACCCCUCUCCUUCUCACUGGGCCUGGAGGUUAGAGCACUGCAAUGACCGAGCAGCCCGGAUCAUCUCUCCACAGGGCCCAGAGCCCAGAGCCGUCACCGCAGAAGGUCAGAGGCCCCCGGUUCUGAUCCGGUGUCUGUGCUGGGAUCCACCUGAGCAGCAGGGCAGCACCUGCAGAGAGAGCGGCUCCUGGGCUUCAGGAUCCGCUCUGGCCGACCAGCUGCUGUGCUCCCUGGUGGAGUGGGCCCGGACCUCCAUCUUCUUCAAGGAGCUGAAGGUAGGACUGCAGGUCCUACAGGGUUCUGGACCUGACCGCGGCCUGGGUCCCACAAUUUACUACAGGUCACCACUGGUUACUGCGGGUUACCACUGGUUACUAAUGGCUACUACAGGUUACCACUGGUUACUAAAGGUUACUGCAGGUCCUACAGGGUUCUGGACCUGA